AUGACAGCAGUAUCGUCUACGUACUUUUGGUCAAUGCUCGUUUUCGCGAUGGUCCACAACACCAAAGAAAUACUAUUCAGUGAUACACCAAAAUUCAGUGACCGGAUGGAUAAUUUAACAGUAACUGUCGGUCGAGAUGCAAUCCUCGAGUGCGUCGUAGAAUCACUGUCGACGUAUAAGGUUGCCUGGCUUAGAGUGGACACACAGACGAUACUGUCCAUACAGACACUCGUGGUGACGAAAAACGACCGGAUGGAGGUUACGCACACGGAUCACAGGGUGUGGAGAUUACACAUCAGAAACGUACGACAAAGUGACCGUGGGUUUUAUAUGUGCCAGAUAAACACGGAUCCCAUGAAGAAUCAAAUCGCAUAUCUUGAUGUAGUUGUGCCUCCAGAUAUUUUAGACUACCCAACCAGUUCAGACAUGGUAGUGCACGAAGGUAGUAACGUAACGUUACAAUGCGCCGCUACAGGAUACCCAAGUCCAACGAUAACAUGGCGAAGAGAAGACAAUCAUAACAUCGUUAUUUCUAACACACUAACUGUUGCAGUAGUGGAUAGUUCGACACUUACCUUUCACCGUGUGACGAGACAACACAUGGGUUCAUAUCUUUGCAUAGCUUCCAAUGGCGUGCCGCCGACAGUCAGCAAGCGCAUUACUCUGAUCGUUCACUUCGCUCCCAUGGUUUGGAUUCAAAAUCAACUAGUCGGUGCUUUUGUGGGAGAUCGAUUGUCAAUAGAAUGUCACGUUGAAGCAUUUCCAAAGUCCAUAAAUUAUUGGUCGUCAGAAAACGGAAACUUGCUAACUCAAGGAGAUAAUUAUGAUACAACGUUAAGAGAAGUCAAUUAUAAAACAGAAAUGAGAUUAACUAUUAAUCAAAUAAAAGAAGAACACUUUGGCACAUAUCAUUGUAUUUCAAAAAACUCUUUAGGUGCAACGGACGGGACUAUCAAAGUUUAUAAAUUACCAGGAAAAAACUGGAACAAUAAUUAUCAAACGUCCAUGACAGCUUCAAACAACGGCCUGCAGCAUAUUACAGGGUCAACAUCUAAUAGAGAAGGGAAAAGUAACUGUGUAUCGAUCAAUCCUAAGCCUUUAGUAAUUUUUUAUUGUAUUCUUUUAUGCGGAAUACUGUUAUCCAAAUCAUCAUAAGUGUUUAUCAAAACGACACGUUAUUUUUUUGUGAAAAACAGGGUACCAUAAGUAUGUAAAGCUUGUAUAUAGUUUAUGGUAUAGUAUAAUUUAUUAGCUGUCGAUACCGUGUUAACUACGCAUAAUACUAUGUAAGGUAGAUAUAACAAUAAUGGUAUUGAUGGUAGUGAUAAUUAUAAAUUUAUAACGAUGGUGAAUUAUUGUCUAUAGAAAACGUCAUCUUAAAUUUUAUUUGACAAUAUUAACAGAUGUCUAUAAUAUUAUAAAACGUAUUUAAACGAGAAAACAAAAUUUUUAUGUAAAUUAACUGUCAAAUAGAUAUUGCAAUGCCAAUUAUACAAACAACCGCAAAAAGACAACAAGAUUUGUAUUGAUUUGAAAUUAUUUCAUUUGAACAUUGUUCAUGUACAAAAUGUAAUGUAUCUGUACUUCCAGCCUUCAGUAGAAAUAAGAUGUUAAAAAUAAUUUUUGAAUAAGAUACCUACGCUGUAGUUUGUAAUUCUAUAUUUCAUAAGUCGCUAGUAUUAUACAUGUAUCUAUCUAAAUCUUUAUAAGAAAUACAUAUUUUUAGUUGACUUAAUCGUUACCAAACAGAAAACAUUGACCAAUACUCGUAUGUCAUUGUCAUACUAUGAUAAUUUUAAUAAUUAAUAAGUAAAAUGUUCACCGUGUGGAGACGUUUCAACAAGCUGUUAAAAUUAUACGUAUUUAUUUAAUAAUAUUAUUGAUAUCUAUGUUUUUUAUGUAUA